UCUAAUUGUCUCUGCUUCCUCCUGACUUUUCUUUUUCAGUUUUUGGCCGUUGAGAGAGUUUUGAUUUGCAGUCUCUUCUGCGCGGCCGAUCUCUGACUUCCUCUCUCUAAAAGUCUCUCUCCCUAUCUCUAAACGCAAUCCCUCCCUGUAUUUGAUCUUCAGCAAAGGUAUAUAUAGGUGUACUAGCUGGGGCAAUUGGACUACUAGAUGCACAUGACUUUUGAGUUAUUUUUCUCGCUCGUUUUAGAGUGAUAGUAAGGCGGCAUAAAUGUUGAGGUUACAUGUUCCCUUUCCAUGGACAUAGAUGACGUGUACCAGUUGAUCUCUAAUACCUUUCUGUGUCGGGGGGAAUCUGAAUUAGAGUAGUUAGUAAGAAUGACUAUGGGGAGCUUAAAGAUGCAUGCUGGAAUUGAGGAAAAUGGGCACGGCGAGCCUGGGCAGUAUAUACCAAGCAGUACUGCUUUUGCAUGUAUGAUAAAUUCAGAAAUUGGUGCACUUUUGGCUGUUGUGAGGAGAAACGUACGUUGGGGAGGCCGUUAUAUGUCUGAGGAGGAUCAACUAGAGCAUUCUCUGAUCCAAUCAUUGAAGUCAUUACGGAAAAAACUCUUUUCCUGGAAUCGACAGUGGAAUGCAGUUGAUCCAUCCAUUUACCUCCAGCCAUUCUUGGAUGUGAUUAGAUCAGAUGAGAUUGGAGCACCAAUAACAGGAGUUGCAUUGUCUUCUGUUUAUAAAAUUUUGUCUCUUGGCAUACUUGAUCCAACCACUGUGAAUGUCAAAGAUGCAAUGCAUUUGGUAGUUGACGCUGUAACAAGUUGCAGAUUUGAGGUCACCGAUUCUGCAUCCGAAGAGGUUGUGCUUAUGAAGAUACUUCAAGUUCUUUUGGCGUGCAUGAAGAGUAAAGCAUCAUUUUUAUUGAACAACCAGCAUGUCUGCACUAUCGUGAAUACUUGUUUUCGAAUAGUUCAUCAAGCAGGCACAAAAGGCGAGUUACUGCAGCGUAUAGCUCGCCACACGAUGAAUGAGCUUGUAAGGUGUAUAUUUUUGCAUCUACAACAUUUUAAUCACACAGGAAAACCAUCAACGCAUGGAAAUGGGCCUCCUGGAGAGACAGAGGUGAGUGUGCUUCAAAAGGAGUACACAUCUGAAGAUAAACAGUUAGAUAGAAGUAAUGGUAGUUCCGAGAAUGCUUCUGUCUCUGUGGGUUCUCUAAGAAGCUUGGUAGAUGAUUCUGUGGUUGGUACUGGUCACAGUGAGGUAGCAGUCGAUGCAGUUCCAAAUCCUAUGAACGAACUGUAUGGAGUCGCUUGUGUGUUGGAGGUUUUCCAAUUUUUGUGUUCCCUCUUGAACGUUGGAGACCAAAUUGGUAUGAGCCCAAGAUUGAACUGGACAGAAUUUGAUGAGGAUGUGCCACUUUUUGCCUUGGGAUUGAUAAAUUCGUCUAUUGAAUUAGGGGGAUCCUUUAUAAGCCAGCAUCCUAAGUUAUUGAUUUUAAUUAAGGAGGAGCUGUUCCCAAAUCUAAUGCAGUUUGGCCUGUCUAUGAGUCCCCUGAUUCUCUCUAUGGUCUGUAACAUAAUCCUAAACUUAUAUCUCCAUUUGCGAAAAGAGCUAAAAUUACAGUUAGAAGCGUUCUUGUCAUCUGUAAUUCAAAGACUUGCACAGAGCAAGCAUGGGGACUCUUCAUAUCAACAGCAGGAGGUUCUAAUGGAGGCUCUUGUUGACCUCUGCAGGCAGAAGACAUUCAUGGCAGAACUGUACGCUAACUUCGAUUGUGACAUAUCUUGCUGCAACCUGUUUGAAGAUGUUAGUAACCUUCUGUCAAAGAGUGCUUUUCCAGUUAACUCUCCAUUGUCUUCGAUGCACGUUCUCGCUUUGGAAGGUUUGGUUGCCGUUGUUGAGGGAUUCUCUGAAAGAAUUGGUAAUUCACCAUCAUUUUCUGAUAAAUCGUUGUUAGUUCUCGAACAGUAUACUCCAUUUUGGAAUGAGAAGUGCAAGAAUUAUGCUGAUCCAGACAGUUGGGUUGGAUUUGUUCGUCAUAGGAAGCAAAUUAAGAAAACUUUGAUGAUGGGUGUUGAUCACUUCAACAGGGAUCCAAAGAAAGGUCUAGAGUUUUUGCAAAGAACACAUCUCUUGCCUACUGAACUUGAUCCCCAGAGCGUAGCUUUGUUCUUUAGGUAUACCUUAGGGUUGGAUAAAAAUAUUGUGGGUGAUUUUCUGGGAAGUCAUGAAGAAUUCUGGGUUCAGGUGCUUCAGGAAUUUGCUCGAAGUUUUAAUUUCCAAGACAUGAAUUUGGAUAUAGCUUUGCGUUUAUUCUUAGAAUCAUUUAGGCUUCCAGGAGAAUCCCAAAAGAUACAGAGAGUACUGGAGGCAUUUUCGGAGAGAUUCUAUGAACAGUCACCACAGAUUUUAGCUAACAAGGACGCUGCACUUGUGUUAUCUUAUUCUAUUAUCCUGUUAAAUACGGACCAGCACAACGUGCGAGUUAAGAAAAAAAUGACAGUAGAAGAUUUUGUGCGGAACAAUCGGCGAAUAAAUGGUGGGGAUGACCUCCCUCGUGAGUUCCUAUUGGAGCUUUACCACUCAAUCUGCAAGAACGAGAUUAAGAUGUCUCCGGAGCAGGGUGCCGAGGUUGUGACGCCAAGCCACCGGGUCAACUUGAUGCACAAAUCAAAGACUGCGCCUCCAUUUAUUACUUGCGACUCCAAACCCUUUCUUGACCGUGACAUGUUCUCUGUGUUAUCGGGUCCUACACUUGCCGCUAUUUGUGUGGUAUUUGAUAAUGCAGAAAAUGAAGAUAUUUACCAGACAUGUAUAGACGGUUGCCUGGCCAUGGCCCAGAUAGCAUCUUGCAGUCAUUCAGUGAACAUACUGGAUGAUCUUGUUAUUUCCCUUUGCAAAUUCACAACUCUUCUUGAUAUUUCUCAAAUGGAUGAUCCCAUUUUAGCGUUUGCCGACGACACCAAAGCUAUGAUGGCAACAGUUACAGUUUUCACCAUAGCAAAUAAGUAUGGUGAUUAUAUCGUGCUGGCUGGGAGAAACAUCUUAGAUUGCAUUUUAAGUUUGCACAGAAUAGGUUUACUUCCAUCUGUUGCGGCCAGUAAUGAACAAUCUUCAGAUCCUGUUUCUGAAAACCAAUAGCGCAGUCUACAGCUUAUGUGCCUGUGAAGACUCUUGCUCCUCAGAGGUCAUCGGGGUUCAUGGGCAGGUUUAGUCAAUUAUUAUCUCUUGAUACAGAACAGCAAAGCUUAGAACCGACCGAAGAAGAAUUAGAAGCUCAACGACGCGCUCAUCAAACAAUUGAGAAAUGCCAAGUUAGUACCAUUUUCACAGAUAGCAUGUUCUUGCAAUCUGAUUCUCUAUUGCAGCUCGUGCAAGCCCUAAUCUGGGUUUCAGGUCCAUCCCAGAAAGGAAAAAUGGUUCAUCUGAAGAUGAAGAUACCUCGAUUUUCUGCCUGGAAUUACUUACCACAAUCACACUUUACAAUCGAGACAGAAUUGUUCUUCUUUGGCCAGGUGUUUACGAACAUAUAGCUGGCAUUGUUCAAUCUGCUGUAAUGCCUAGUGCUUCGUUGAAAAGGCGUCUUCGGGUUACUUCACAUCUGUCAGCGUUUGCUCCCCUAUAAAGAAAACCUUGCUGAUGAGCUCCUGAAAUCUUUGCAAGUUAU